AUGGUUGGUGGGUUGGGGGGGGUGGUGGGUGGUUGGUUUUGGGGAGUGUGGGUGAGUGUUUGGGUUGGUGUUUUGGGGGGGGUGUGUGUGUGUGGUGGUGGUUUGUGGUGGGGGGGUGUGGGGGUGUGUUGUGUUGGGUUGGGGGGGGGGGGUGGUUGGGUAUUAGGGGUGUGGGUUGUGGUGGGGGGGGGGUGUGGGUGGGGUUUUUGUGUUUGGGUUUGUGUGUGUGUGGGGGGUGGGGUUUGGUGGGUUAGUGGUGUUGAGGUGUGUUGGUUGGUGGUUGGGGGGUAG